CCUGGGUCUCCUCUCCACUGAGAAAACAUGCGAGAAUGUGCCCUGCCGGAAAGCAGCACGCCGCCGCGGCAUUUCACGACGUCGGCGGCUAAACGCCUUCGGAACGCUUCGACUCCCUCCCGGUUGCCGGGCGAAAGCAAGCGCGAUGCUCGGUGCGGGGGACGAAGACGACACCGACUUCCUUUCGCCUAGCGGCGGUGCCAGAUUGGCCUCUCUUUUUGGACUGGAUCAGACAGCUGCUGGCCAUGGAAAUGAAUUCUUCCAGUACACAGCCCCAAAGCAGCCUAAGAAGGGCCAGGGAACAGCAACAACAGGAAAUCAGGCAACACCGAAAACAGCACCCACCUCAACAGGCACUUCCACAGUAUUGGUUGCAACAGCAGUCCAUGCAUAUAGAUACACAAAUGGUCAAUAUGUAAAGCAGGGCAAAUUUGGUGCUGCAGUCCUGGGAAAUCACACAGCCAGAGAGUAUAAGAUUCUUCUUUACAUCAGUCAACAGCAGCCAGUUACUGUUGCCAGGAUUCAUCUGAACUUUGAGCUAAUGGUUCGGCCCAAUAACUAUAGCACCUUUUACGAUGACCAGAGGCAAAACUGGUCCAUCAUGUUUGAGUCAGAGAAGGCUGCCGUGGAGUUCAAUAAACAGGUGUGCAUUGCCAAGUGCAACAGCACCUCUUCCCUGGAUGCAGUGCUCUCACAGGACCUCAUUGUAACAGAGGGUCCUGCUGUGGAAGUUGGAGAUUCUUUGGAAGUGGCCUAUACCAGCUGGCUCUUUCAGAAUCAUGCCCUGGGCCAGGUUUUUGAUUCCACUGCUAACAAAGACAAGCUGCUCCGCCUGAAAUUAGGGUCAGGAAAAGUCAUCAAGGGCUGGGAGGAUGGAAUGCUGGGCAUGAGAAAAGGAGGGAAGCGGUUGCUUAUCAUCCCUCCAGCCUGUGCUGCUGGCUCUGAAGGGGUGAUAGGAUGGACGCCAUCAACAGACUCAGUCCUGGUGUUUGAGGUGGAGAUCAGGCGGGUGAAGUUUGCCAGAGAUUCCGGCUCUGACGGGCACAGCGUGAGCUCCCGGGACUCUGCGGCCCCUUCUCCCGUGCCUGGUGCUGACGGCCUGCCUGCUGACCCCGCCGUGUCGGUGCCCAUGUCGGUGCCUUUCAAGUCAGGGGAGCCGGCCCUUCGCACCAAAUCCGCCGACUCCCUCAGCGAGCAGCUCGCCGUCAACACAAAUCCCGAUACAGUCAAGGCCAAGCUGAUCUCUCGGAUGGCUAAAAUGGGCCAGGCCAUGCUGCCCAUCCUCCCACCACAGCUGGAGCCCAGUGAUUCCGAAAUGGAAGAAGUGAACGCUCUGCGAGGAACUGGGCAGCCCGUGCUGAAUCCACCCAUCCAGCCCUCUCUUCAGCCAGCCCAGCCUCUGCUACCACAGAUGACCACACAUGCACCUCAGCCAUCUGUUACUGGGCUCCAAGCACCCUCUGCUGCCUUAAUGCAAGUUGCAUCUCUCGAUUCCCACUCAGCUGUGUCUGGAAAUUCCCAGCCCUUUCAGCCCUAUGCAGGUGUGUCAGCCUACGCUUACCCCCAGGCGCCGGCCGUCACCUCCCAGCUGCAGCCCGUGCGGCCCUUGUACCCAGCACCGCUCUCCCAGGCUCCCCAUUUUCAAGGAUCUGGUGACAUGGCUUCAUUUCUCAUGACUGAAGCCCGACAGCAUAACACUGAAAUUCGCAUGGCCGUCAGCAAAGUGGCUGAUAAAAUGGAUCAUCUCAUGACUAAGGUUGAGGAGUUACAGAAGCACAGUGCUGGCAAUUCCCUGCUCACUCCUGGCGUCUCAGUUACAAUGGAAACAAAGAUGAUCAUGAGCAACAUCCAGCGAAUUAUUCAGGAGAAUGAAAGGUUGAAGCAAGAGCUCCUUGAGAAGAGCAGCCGGAUAGAAGAACAGAAUGACAAGAUCAGUGAACUGAUUGAAAGAAAUCAGAGGUAUGUGGAGCAGAGUAACCUGAUGAUGGAGAAGAGGAACAACUCACUUCAAACAGCCACCGAAAACACACAGGCAAGAGUAUUGCAUGCUGAGCAAGAGAAGGCCAAGGUGACAGAGGAGUUGGCAGCAGCCACCGCACAGGUCUCUCACCUGCAGCUGAAGAUGACCGCUCACCAAAAGAAAGAAACAGAGCUGCAGAUGCAGCUGACGGAGAGCGUGAAGGAGACAGACCUCCUCAGGGGCCAGCUCACCAAACUGCAGGCCGAACUCUCGGAGCUCCAAGAAACCUCUGAGCAAGCACAGUCCAAGUUCAAAAGUGAAAAGCAAAACCGCAGACAACUGGAACUCAAGGUGACAGCCCUGGAGGAGGAGCUGACUGACCUUCGAGCUGAGAAGGAGUCUCUGGAAAAGAACCUCUCAGAAAGGAAAAAGAAGUCCGCUCAAGAGCGCUGUCAGGCUGAGGAGGAGAUAGAGGAAAUUCGCAAGUCACACCAGGAGGAAUUGGACAAACUUCGGCAGCUUUUGAAAAAGGCGCGGGUGUCCACAGACCAAGCAGCCUCGGAGCAGCUGUCUCUAGUACAGGCUGAGCUGCAGACCCAGUGGGAAGCAAAAUGUGAACACCUGUUGGCCUCGGCCAAGGAUGAGCACCUGCAACAGUAUCAGGAGGUGUGUGCACAGAGAGAUGCCAGCCAGCAGAAGCUGCUCCAGCUGCAGGAGAAGUGUUCCGCCCUCCAGGCCCAGGUCACAGCCCUGACGGAGCAGAAUGAACAGCACAUCAAGGACCUGGAGAAAAACAAGUCCCAGGUGUCUGGGGUUGAAGUUGCUGCCACUGACUCAUCAGAGAAGGUCAAGAAGAUCAUGAACCAGGUGUUCCACUCCUUGCGGGGCGAGUUUGAGCUGGAGGAGUCUUACAGUGGCAGGGCCGUUCUGGGGACCGUCAUGAACACCAUCAAGUUGGUGACUCUUCGUCUGUUAAACCAACACCAGCGAGAAAAGGGAGAGAGCAGCAAUGAAGAAGAGGAAGAAGACGAAGAAGAACAACAAGAAGAAGAGCAACCUCGGAGACCUUCCCAGGAGCAGUCAGUCUUGGCCAGUUCUGAGCCAUCCCAAGUGCCCCUGAGCAGGGAGAGGCAGGAGUCCCCCAUGGUGCCAUCAGAGCAGGUCGUCAAGGAAGCUGAGCCAUUGCCUCCUGGGCCCCUCUACACCCCCCAGGAGGAUGCACAGGGAAGGGAAGGAGAGCCCACAGAAGCAGAGGCACUCUCAGAAAUAAGAGAUGAUUCCCUCCCCGCCGAACUGGCCUGCAUCCCCUCCCAACGAGCUCUGGGACCCCCGACUUCAAUCCCCCCUCUGCCUCCGAGCUGUGUAACUGUGGACUCUGAGUGUGAGCAGGCAUUUGCUGCCAGCCCGUUGGGAAAUGCCUGUGUUGAGGAGCAAGAAAGCUCCGCAAGACUGUCCCUGACUUCAAACUCUAAGAAGGGGGACCCACUGCCCUUGGAGCCUGAAAGUUCAGGAGGAGAGCCUCAGCCUCCAGAGAGCCAGAAAGGGGAAGGUGCCGCUGGUUCCACUGGCCCCUCCGAGGCGCUGUCAAGCACAGAGGCAGGUUCUGCAUCUGCAGGAGCAGCGCUCGGACCCAGCCACUCUUCUCAGCGCUCCAGUCUUUCUGGGGAUGAAGAGGAUGAACUGUUUAAAGGGGCAACUCUGAAAGUUCCAAAGUCCAAAGCACAGUCUGAGGAGGAGGAUGAAGACGAGGUGAGCAUGAAGGGACGCCCGCCCCCAACACCCCUUUUCGAAGAUGACGAUGAUGAUGACAUUGACUGGCUGGGAUGAAGACCAGGAACCUGAUGCAAAGGUUUCUCUGCCGACCCUGCCCCGAGCAUGUUUUGCACAGCCAGCCCUGGGUCUGGGUGAGCCCAGGGAGAGGCGAAGGUGCGCGUUCUGAGGACAGGAGCCCAGGUACCUGAGCUAGCCAGCCUCUGAGCCCCCUGCCUGGCGGGAGGGAGAGGAACGCGGGCCUGUCCUCAGAACGCUGGGGUUGGCAGCGGCUGACCCUGGUCCUGCCUCGGAGUCCCAUUUGGAGGAAGGGCUGGCAGUCUCCUCCCCGGUCAUCACCUAUGAGAGUCCUGCCCUCUUCCGAGCCCUUUCAUCUCCUCCCCAACUCGGACUGCUGUGGGGAGGCCGCCUCCAUCUCCCAGCGUUGGGGCCUGUCACCUGGGGUGAGGCCUCCCUGGUAGAACCGAGGGCCAACUACACCAUCUAAACUCCCGUUCAGUUAACAGCUUUGCCUGCAGUCCUGGCACAUUACCUUUUCUCUGCCUUAAGUCUUUGAGAUUAAAAAAAAAACUAAAAUAAAUAUCUAUAAUGAAACAUGACUCAAACUCUUGGGGAGAAAGGACUUUGGUUCCCAGGGCUGUCUGCGCCCCCUCUGGGAAUCUGAGGGCAGGAGCGGUAACAGACCCGGGCCAGUUAACGUGCACAGACCAUUGCGACGUGUUCCCUUUGGCACGUCACAGGGGCACCCUGGAACUUCAGGCCUCAGAACAAAAUCACUCUGCUGCCCCAGCUCGUCCCUGACGCAUUAAUUUAGGGCUUAGGACAUCGUGGUUCUCUGAGGACCACUCCUGUCACCCACUUGCUCCCGCAUGCCGGGCCCUACGCCCUGGAAAGCCGCACAGAGAAGGUAGGAGGGCCCUGCGCUCCGUCCAUCACAGCACCUGAGACUCUUCACCUGGAGAGCAGCUGCCAUUCAUUCAUUCCCUCUGAACUCGGGGCCAGGACUACUGAAGAAAACAGUAGUGAGAAGUAUUUUUACUACUUCAGAGAUCUUCCAGAGACCAUUCAGUCUGCAAAAAGUAGAAUCAUUUUAGUAAUGAUGUUCCCGAUUUUCAGUUUAUAAGAUAGGAACCUGAACUCCACUUUGUCUGCCCGACGUCAUCCUCCGCGAGGACAGCUCUGAGUCUGUCCCCGCGUGUGGGGCUGCGAGGCAGUGGGAACUGCCCUUCACAGAACUUCGUUGUUUAACAAACAGGCGCUGCCGCUGAGCACUUCACACACUGUCCCGCCCCCAGCAACCCUUGCAGAAGACACUGUCGUCCCCGUUUAGAGAGGCAGCCUGGCCCUGCCGCUUAUUAGGGUGGCGUUGUUUGACCUCCCAGUGCCUCAGCUGCUCCAUCUCUAAGACAAGGACAGGAAGUUUCUACCUUGUUGUGAGAAGCGUUUGAGUUAAUAUUGUACAGUGCUUAGAACACCGCCCAGAAGUGCUAAGUACUAGCUAGGUGUUGAUUUACAAAAUUUGUGUUGAAAUGCCUCCCGAGUCUGAACCAUGUAAUCAGUGUCUCUAUAGAGUGCACAGAUUUUUUUUUAAAGCCCUCUGUUCUAUAAAAAGCCUGAAAUGUAUCUCACACACAAAGAUGUGACUGUGUCAAACUGAACCGGUGACAGAACACCUGAGGAGGGAGGAGUACCCGAGGGAGGACGCCCGAGGAGGUCGGGACGUGAACUCGGGUGCUGGAGGCUCCAUCAGAGAGACUACACAGGUCACUGGGAGUCUCGGCCCUGUUGUGACUUUCAGCAGCUUUCCAGUCCCCUGCCAGUGUGGAGAGUGCGCUGAGGGCCUCACGUCCUCUACAUUGUUACAGCUGCUUCUGGCUGUAAGUUAAAACUUAGUUUUGAUCUAUUUUUACCUCUGCCCUCAGGGAAAGAUAGGUGCUUAUAAUUAUGCCAACUUAGGUAUUUGUAGUCUGUGUUCAGUUAUUUUUCUCGUGGCACCCAGUCACUAUUUGUUACACGAACAGAAGAACGACUCUGGACUAGGCUGGCACUGCGGGCUGUCUGCCUGUGGGCACGGGGUUUUUGGGCUGGCGUCUCCCUGAGCACAGGGCUGUCUUCGUAGCAGAUGGACGGACUUGGCCCCGAGAGAGCCCACCAGCCAGCACCGCCAGCUCCUGUCACCCACUCAGCUCCUGCCGUUGUUCCGUGUGCUUGCUGUUCGAAGAGAAACAGAAGACGGAUCGCACACUAUUUAAAAAUAUAUAUUUAUUAAAGUUAUUUCUUUUUUAAUUCCAAACGCUUAAGACCAUCGUUCAUCUAGCCCGUGAGGUACCCGAGCCUAGAUGUUACAAUACACAGAAGCGGUUUUUGUUCCUCAGUCUCCUGUCGCCUUUUCUGGAGAGUGAAGAGGUUCGACUAUCUGAGAGUCCCCUCUCUCUCCAAAUGUAAUGUUUUGGUUUGGCUGCUUAUUGCACCUUCAGUCAUGCCCCUCCCUCACCCGCCCCCCACCUUAUGGCUUACUCGGUUUUUUAAGUGAAUGAAUCAUGUUUGUUAUGGGUGAGCAGCAAGUAAUAAAUAAAAAGCAUUAAGUA